UUAAGGGAGCCUCCAACAUGCCUGGAUCUACUGGGAAAGGUUCCAGCAAGGCUGCUCUGGAACUUACUUCAACUUCGACAUCUCCGUGCCCAUCCUCAGAAUCCAGUUUCUCAUCAUCCUCAGAGGAAGAGGAGCAGAAGAAGAAGAAAAAGAAGAAGGCCAAGAAGUCCAAGAAACACCUUGCUUCUCACAGCCGUUCAAGGAUGACCACAACGGAUGGAGUUAUCCGCCGCUACAAGAAUGCCCUGCACAUUUUCAACAAGUAUGGAUCCAUGAAAAGGGCCUUUGCCAAAAUCAACGUUGACCGCAACACAAUUGCAAGAACAGCAGCAAUUGCUGAACUAGCAAUCACAUUUCUAGACACAUUCAAGGAGCUGCUUCCACAAGAUGAAGCAAAUGAGAAGAUGUCUGUGUUUGCAGAGCGCUCGUUGGUGGACAUCAGCGGUAAGGGUCACCAUCAAGCUGAAGGAGUCCUACGCGGCAUUUUGGCCUGUGGAACUCUGGAGGCAGCUGAUGGGUAUCGGCAGGUGAAGCGGAACACGUCUUUGGCGAUCGCUAAGGCAAAAACUCAGGCAUGGGAGGAGUUUGGAGAAUUCUGA